GCCUUUCCAAGUUUGCACCAGGCGACCCCGGCGGGUGUCGCCCCGUGCUCCCCAAGCCCCGGGCCCCCUUUGUGCCGCGAGUCUCGGCUGCUCCGGGCAGCAGAGGCGCCUCUGCAGAAAGGGUUUGGGGGGGAGGUCUCUAUAGUAACAGUGGUGGCGGCAGCGGCUGCUUUACUGGGGAAAGGGGGAAACAACCCCCGCCUCGGUUUCCAAAGGAUUGUUCUUUUCAUUUGCCCGCCUCAUGUGGUUCUUAUUCUUGCUGUCACCCGAGAUCUUAUCGCAGGCAGGGAUGGGCAGUUCCGCGGCUCGGAAGAGCUGAGAUAAGGAGGGGCGAAGUAAUAGUAAUAGCGACAGUACUAACAACGGUAAUAAUAGCUGUAGAAGAGGGACGUCUGGUGUUGCUGCCGCCCCUCGCUCAUCAGCACCAGCUCCCCGACUGCCCUGUCCAGCCCGGGCUCCGCCAGCCUCCCUCUAGUGCUGUCCUGCAUCCCAGGCUGGUCCGCGUGGAUUUCAGAGGGAAUGUUUCUCUCUUGGCCUUGUCUCUUGGCGAUGAGUUUCAUCUGCAGGUGGAAUUUAUAAGUAUUUGACCAUACUCAAAAUGUGCAAGGAAGAAUAAUGGAAGCCCCUGAAUACCUUGAUUUGGAUGAAAUUGACUUUAGUGAUGACAUAUCUUAUUCAGUCACAUCACUCAAGACGAUCCCAGAACUGUGCCGAAGAUGUGAUACACAAAACGAAGACAGAUCAGUUUCUAGCUCUAGCUGGAAUUGUGGCAUCUCAACUCUUAUUACAAACACGCAAAAGCCCACAGGAAUCGCUGAUGUGUACAGUAAGUUCCGCCCAGUGAAGCGGGUUUCGCCACUGAAACAUCAGCCAGAGACUCUGGAGAACAAUGAAAGUGAUGACCAAAAGAACCAGAAAGUGGUUGAGUACCAGAAAGGGGGUGAGUCUGACUUGGGCCCCCAGCCUCAGGAGCUCAGCCCUGGAGAUGGAGUGGGUGGCCCACCAGGUAAGAGCUCUGAGCCCAGCACAUCGCUGGGUGAACUGGAGCACUACGACCUCGACAUGGAUGAGAUUCUGGAUGUGCCUUAUAUUAAAUCCAGUCAGCAGCUUGCCUCUUUUACCAAGGUGACUUCAGAAAAAAGAAUUUUGGGCUUAUGCACAACCAUCAAUGGCCUUUCUGGCAAAGCCUGCUCUACAGGAAGUUCUGAGAGCUCAUCAUCCAACAUGGCACCAUUUUGUGUUCUUUCUCCCGUGAAAAGCCCUCACUUGAGAAAAGCAUCAGCUGUCAUCCACGACCAGCACAAGCUGUCCACUGAAGAAACCGAGAUCUCACCUCCUCUGGUUAAAUGUGGCUCUGCAUAUGAGCCUGAAAACCAGAGUAAAGACUUCCUAAACAAGACAUUUAGUGAUCCUCAUGGUCGAAAAGUUGAGAAGACAACACCAGACUGCCAGCUCAGGGCCUUCCACCUACAAUCCUCAGCAGCAGAAUCCAAAGCAGAAGAGCAGGUCAGUGGCCUAAACUGGACCAGCUCCCAAGGCCCAGAAGAAAGGAGUGAAUAUCUGAAAAAAGUGAAAAGCAUCUUAAACAUUGUUAAAGAAGGACAGAUCUCUCUCCUGCCACACCUAGCUGCAGACAAUCUAGACAAAAUUCACGACGAAAAUGGAAACAAUCUAUUACAUAUUGCGGCAUCACAGGGACACGCAGAGUGUCUACAGCACCUCACUUCUUUGAUGGGAGAAGACUGCCUCAAUGAGCGCAACACUGAGAAGUUGACUCCAGCAGGCCUGGCCAUUAAGAAUGGUCAGUUGGAGUGCGUACGCUGGAUGGUGAGUGAAACAGAAGCCAUUGCAGAACUGAGUUGUUCUAAGGAUUUUCCAAGCCUUAUUCAUUACGCAGGUUGCUAUGGCCAGGAAAAGAUUCUUCUAUGGCUUCUUCAGUUUAUGCAAGAACAGGGCAUCUCGUUGGAUGAAGUAGACCAGGAUGGCAACAGUGCUGUUCACGUAGCCUCACAGCAUGGCUACCUUGGAUGCAUACAGACUUUGGUUGAAUAUGGAGCAAAUGUCACCAUGCAGAACCACUCUGGGGAAAAGCCCUCCCAGAGCGCUGAGCGGCAGGGGCACACCCUGUGCUCCAGGUACCUGGUGGUGGUGGAGACCUGCAUGUCGCUGGCCUCUCAAGUGGUGAAGUUAACCAAGCAGCUAAAGGAACAAACAGUAGAACGUGUCACGCUGCAGAACCAACUUCAACAAUUUCUAGAAGCCCAGAAAUCAGAGGGCAAGUCACUCCCUUCUUCACCCAGUUCACCGUCCUCACCUGCCUCCAGAAAGUCCCAGUGGAAAUCUCCAGAUGCAGAUGAUGAUUCUGUAGCCAAAAGCAAGCCAGGAGUCCAAGAGGGGAUUCAGGUUCUUGGAAGUCUGUCAGCCUCCAGCCGGGCUAGACCCAAAGCAAAAGACGAAGAUUCUGAUAAAAUCUUACGCCAGUUAUUGGGAAAGGAAAUCUCAGAAAAUGUCUGUACCCAGGAAAAACUGUCCUUGGAAUUCCAGGAUGCUCAGGCUUCCUCUAGAAAUUCUAAAAAGAUCCCACUGGAGAAGAGGGAACUGAAGUUAGCCAGGCUGAGACAGCUGAUGCAGAGGUCACUGAGUGAGUCUGACACGGACUCCAACAACUCUGAGGACCCCAAGAAUACCCCAGUGAGGAAGGCUGACCGACCAAGGCCACAGCCCAUUGUAGAAAGCGUAGAGAGUAUGGACAGUGCAGAAAGCCUGCACCUGAUGAUCAAGAAACACACCUUGGCAUCAGGCGGACGCAGGUUUCCCUUCAGCAUCAAGGCCUCCAAAUCCCUGGACGGCCAUAGCCCAUCUCCCACCUCAGAGAGCAGUGAACCAGACUUAGAAUCCCAGUAUCCAGGCUCAGGGAGUAUUCCUCCAAACCAGCCCUCUGGUGACCCUCCACAGCCCAGCCCUGACAGCACUACUGCCCAGAAAGUUGCCACAAGUCCCAAGAGUGCCCUCAAGUCUCCAUCUUCCAAGCGCAGGACAUCUCAGAACUUAAAACUGAGAGUUACCUUUGAGGAGCCUGUGGUGCAGAUGGAGCAGCCUAGCCUUGAACUGAAUGGAGAAAAAGACAAAGAUAAGGGCAGGACUCUCCAGCGGACCUCCACAAGUAACGAAUCAGGGGAUCAACUGAAAAGGCCUUUUGGAGCCUUUCGAUCUAUCAUGGAGACACUAAGUGGCAACCAAAACAAUAAUAAUAACUACCAGGCAGCCAACCAGCUGAAAACCUCUACGUUGCCCUUGACCUCACUUGGGAGGAAGACAACAGAUGCCAAGGGAAACCCUGCCAGCUCCGCCAGCAAAGGAAAGAAUAAGGCAGAAAUGUACAGCAGCUGCAUCAAUCUUUCCUCUAACAUGCUGAUUGAAGAGCAUCUGCAUAACGACGCACGGCAUAAUGACAUCAAUAGAAAAAUGAAGAAAUCCUACAGCAUAAAGCACAUUGCUGAGCCAGAGUCAAAAGAACUCUUCUUGUAAAUCACUUUUUAAAUUUUCUCCCACUGAUGCCCUUUGGAAAUUAUUGGAAAUUUCUGGACUAUCCUCUGUGGAAAGAGAACCAUGAUAACAAUGCCUCACCAGCAGAAGAACAGAAUAUCAGGAUGCCUUAAAUUUAUAGUAGUAGACUGUAAAAGAUUCAUUUUGGGGUGAUAUCUGUAUAUAUAACUUGUUUUUUUAAAAGAUGCUGUUUAAAAGCAUGAUUGGGAAAAUGUAUGUUUUUUAAGAGUAGAUUGAUUCACCCUACCCACAGGACGUUCACUAAGCCACUGAUGCCAUUUUAUAUUUCAUCAAUUGCAUGAGUAUUUGCUAAUGUUGAUUGAACUUCCCUUUCCCCAUAAUGUGGGCAGAUUUGGCUCAGCUCUUUCAUGAGAUCAGGUCGGUGGUAUUGUUUUCUGUCAAGAGUGUUUUUUCUGUCAUUUCUACUUUUUGUAUAAAGGAAAUAAAACAAUGUUAACAGCCA